CCGCGCCGCCCGCCAUGGUGGGGAAGGUCAAGCGCCCGCGGCUGCACCGCGCCGCGCCUCGGCCCUGGCCCGGCCGGGACGCGCCGCCGCCCCCCGCCCAGCCCGAGCUCGGGCCCGGCCCCGCCGCAGGGCCCGGGAGCGCAGGGCCCGGGAGCGCCGCGCCCGGCAAGGACUGGGACCUCUCAUCUUCUGGUGUCUUUUCUGGGCUGAAAAUUGACCCCGAUACUCUAGUAAAGAAGCUCGACUUGGACUCCAGAAGCAUUGUUUCCUCCCGAACAGGUUUAGAAGAAAAACCAAUUCUUUCCAAAAAAGAAAAAAUGAAGCUGAGGAAGGAAAGAUGGCUACAGAAAAUAGAAAGUGUGAAGCUGGCCAAGCAGAAGCAAAAAGCCGAAGCAAAGCGGAAGGCCACACCUGUGGUGGGAGACAUGCAGCUGCUGAUGGAAGCCCUGCCUGAGCUCUCGGAGCUGACUGCAGGUGGCAGGGGCAGGAAGCCACCCAAGAGCCAUGUAAAAGCAAAGGCGGAACCAGCAGACUUCUGUCUGAUGAAGCAAGCUCAGAAACACCGGCUCCUAGAGGAAGAAGUGGCUCAUUUCCAUGAGGUCAUCGCCGAUCCCAGGUACAGAGCCAACCCACUCACAGCCAUCAGCCAGCAUCUCUCCAGGCGGCUGCAGCAGGAGGAAGACAGACCCCUGUAGGGGGUGAGCUGGGCCUGGAGCUGGUGCGAGGGUGCCAGGCUGCACGGCAGCACGUUGCCAAUGGGGCCUCACAGCCAUUUCCCUCCUUGGAAGCGGUUCAGCACAUUAUCAAAUCCUAGAGUCCUGUUUUCUGUCUGCAGGAAUAAUGCAGCUCACCCCUGACAGUGGCCGCUGCUCCUUGGCAAACAGCCUGUGGAGAGCAGGGUGUUCGGUGGGACCUUUGGGCUGACAUUAAGCUCCCUGCAAAGUGUCUCGACACCUUCCCUCUUCUGAGCAGGUGCCAGAAGCAGUGUAUCUGGUUUCUUGUCAUUUCCCUCCCCUUUCUGACAACUCUGAAGAGAGAUUCCCUCCUACUUGUUGAGGUGGUUCAGGACCCCAGGCCCUGGGGCCCAGGAGGCUGUUGUAGAUCUGUGUCAAGAUCGAUGCUGCUGCUCAGGGACAUUGUUCUAUGUCAGAAAUUUAGCUUGGGAAUAAACAGACUGC